AUGACUCUCUUCCAGUCAAUAAGCAGAUCAUCCAUAUGCUACUCUACUGACUCUGUCAUCUCCUUUCAGGCUCCUGAGAAGCAACAGGGAAAUAGGACCUGGCUGGUGAUGGAGUUUGUGCUGGUGGGAUUCUCCAACUUCCCAGACCUGAGGAUCCUGCUCUUCAUCUUGUUCCUCCUCACAUACCUGGUCACCCUUGGGGGCAAUGCCACCAUCAUCACCAUCAUCCAUGUAGACCGUACACUCCACACUCCCAUGUACCAUUUCCUGGCAGUGCUGUCCCUCUCUGAGACCUGUUACUCGCUAGUCACCAUCCCCAACAUGCUAGCCCAUCUGCUGAUGGAGAACAAGGCCAUCUCCAUUGCUGGCUGUCGGGCUCAGAUGUUCUUCUUCCUGGGCUUUGGGAGUAGCAACUGUUUUCUCCUUACCCUGAUGGGCUAUGACCGGUAUGUGGCCAUCUGCCACCCCCUCCGCUACUCGAUGAUCAUGAGACCCACCAUUUGCCUUGGGCUGGGAGCCCUGAUGUUCUGCUUUGGGACCUCGGUGGCCGUGAUAGAGACCAGCAUGAUCUUCUCCUCUCCUUUCUGCAGCAACCGUGUAGAGCACUUCUUCUGUGAUGUCCUCCCAGUGCUGAAGCUCAGCUGCAUCGAGCGUGCCAGAAAAGCACUCGUCAUCUUCUUCCUGAGCAUCCUCGUCGUGCUGGUCUCCUUUCUCCUCAUCCUUCUCUCCUACGCCUUUAUUGUGGCCGCCAUCGUGAGGAUUCCUUCGGCAGCGGGCAGGCACAAGGCCUUCUCCACCUGUGCGGCCCACCUCACUGUGGUCGUUGUGCAUUUUGGCUGUGCCUCCAUCAUCUACCUGCGACCUGAGUCAGAGGGGAACCCUGACCAGGACCGCCUGGUGGCUGUGUUUUACACGGUGGUCACGCCGUUGUUGAACCCUGUGGUGUACACCCUGCGGAAUAAGGAGGUGAGGCUGGCCUUGAGGCGGACUCUGGCACCGAGCCAUGGGUCGCAGAGUUCUUAA